CAAAAGUUUGCGAGCUGUUAAUUGCUGUGCUGCAUGAUUAAGAGCCGCUUUCAAGUUUCAAGUACCAAAUGUAGCUUAGCUUUGAGUUGCCAAAGGAAGCGGAGGGAAUCGCUUUGCUGUUGUAACUUGCUCUGUGAGGGGAAUCGCAGAAACCGACCGACGGUACCAAAUGAAUUCUAAAAUGCACUUUAGUUUGGUGUUUGCACUGCUGCUAGUAUCGUUCGACCACCGUGUCCUGGGCAAGAAUUUGAAAUACAGGAUUUAUGAGGAACAGAGGGUUGGAUCGGUAAUUGCAAGACUAUCAGAGGAUGUGGCUGAUGUUUUAUUGAAGCUACCUAAUCCUUCUACCGUUCGCUUCCGAGCCAUACAGAGGGGAAAUUCUCCUUUACUGGUAGUGAAUGAGAAUACCGGGGAGAUCAGCAUAGGGGCUAUCAUUGACCGUGAACAACUAUGCCAGAAAAACUUGAACUGUUCCAUAGAGUUUGACGUGAUCACUCUACCCACAGAGCAUCUGCAGCUCUUCCAUAUCGAAGUCGAAGUGCUGGAUAUUAAUGACAAUUCUCCCCAGUUUUCGAGAGCUAUCAUACCUAUUGAGAUAUCUGAGAGCGCGGCCGUUGGGACGCGGAUCCCCCUGGACAGUGCGUUUGAUGCAGACGUUGGGGAAAAUUCCCUCCACACGUACUCGCUCUCGGCCAAUGAUUUUUUUAAUAUCGAGGUUCGGACCAGAACUGAUGGGGCCAAGUGUGCAGAACUCAUUGUGGUCAGAGAGUUGGAUCGGGAGCUGAAGUCGAGCUAUGAGCUUCAGCUCACUGCCUCGGACAUGGGGGUGCCUCAGAAGUCUGGCUCCUCCACACUCAAAAUUAGCAUUUCGGACUCCAAUGACAAUAGCCCUGCUUUUGAGCAGCAGUCUUAUAUAAUACAACUCUUAGAAAACUCCCCCGUGGGCACUUUGCUCCUCGAUCUGAACGCCACUGAUCCAGAUGAGGGCGCUAAUGGGAAAAUCGUGUAUUCCUUCAGCAGCCAUGUGUCUCCCAGAAUUAUAGAGACUUUUAAAAUUGAUUCAGAAAAAGGACAUUUGACUCUUUUCAAGCAAGUGGAUUAUGAAAUCACCAAAUCUUAUGAGAUUGAUGUUCAGGCUCAAGAUUUGGGUCCGAACUCAAUCCCAGCUCAUUGCAAAAUUAUAAUUAAUGUUGUGGACGUGAACGACAAUAAACCUGAAAUUAACAUAAACCUCAUGUCUCCUGGAAAAGAAGAAAUAUCUUAUAUUUUUGAAGGGGAUCCUAUUGAUACAUUUGUUGCUUUGGUCAGGGUUCAAGACAAGGAUUCUGGGCUGAAUGGAGAAAUCGCGUGUAAGCUUCAUGGGCAUGGUCACUUUAAACUCCAGAAGAAGUAUGAAAAUAAUUAUUUAAUCUUGACUAAUGCCACACUGGAUAGAGAAAAGAGAUCUGAAUAUAGUUUGACUGUAAUCGCGGAAGACAAGGGGACACCCAGUCUGUCUACAGUAAAGCAUUUUACUGUUCAAAUCAAUGAUAUAAAUGACAAUCCACCGCACUUCCAGAGAAGCCGAUACGAGUUUGUCAUCUCAGAGAAUAACUCGCCAGGGGCGUAUAUCACCACUGUGACGGCCACAGAUCCCGAUCUUGGGGAAAAUGGCCAAGUGACCUAUACCAUUUUGGAGAGUUUUAUCCUGGGAAGUUCUAUCACCACAUAUGUAACCGUUGACCCAUCUAAUGGUGCCAUCUAUGCCCUCAGAAUCUUUGACCACGAGGAAGUGAAUCAGAUCACCUUUGUGGUUGAAGCGAGAGAUGGAGGAAGUCCGAAGCAACUUGUAAGCAACACCACAGUGGUGCUCACCAUCAUGGAUGAAAACGACAACGUCCCUGUGGUUAUAGGGCCUGCACUGCGCAAUAAUACCGCAGAAGUCUCCAUCCCCAAAGGGGUGGAAAGCGGCUUUCAUGUCACCAGAAUCAGGGCGAUUGACAGAGACUCUGGUGUGAACGCUGAACUCAGCUGCUCCAUAGUAGCGGGAAAUGAGGAGAAUGUCUUUGUAAUCGAUCCACGAUCAUGUGACAUCCAUACCAAUGUGAGCAUGGACUCUGUUUCCUCCAGCGAAUGGGAGCUCUCCGUCAUCAUCCAGGACAAAGGCAAUCCCCAGCUGUACACCAAAGUCCUUCUGAAGUGCAUGAUCUUCGAAUAUGCAGAGUCAGUGACAAGCACAGCCAUGACCUCAGUAAGCCAGGCAUCCUUAGAUGUCUCCAUGAUUAUAAUUAUUUCCUUAGGAGCAAUUUGUGCGGUGUUGUUGGUGAUCAUGGUGCUAUUUGCAACUAGGUGUAACCGAGAAAAGAAAGACACUAGAUCCUACAACUGCAGAGUAGCAGAAUCAACUUAUCAGCACCACCCAAAAAGGCCAUCCAGGCAGAUUCACAAAGGGGACAUCACAUUGGUGCCUACCAUCAAUGGCACUCUGCCCAUCAGAUCCCAUCACAGAUCAUCUCCAUCUUCAUCUCCUACCUUAGAAAGAGGGCAGAUGGGUAGCCGGCAGAGUCACAACAGUCACCAGUCACUCAACAGUUUGGUGACAAUCUCAUCGAACCACGUGCCGGAGAAUUUCUCAUUAGAACUCACCCAUGCCACUCCUGCUGUUGAGCAGGUCUCUCAGCUUCUUUCAAUGCUUCACCAGGGACAGUAUCAACCACGACCAAGUUUUCGAGGAAACAAAUACUCCAGGAGCUAUAGAUACGCCCUUCAAGACAUGGACAAAUUUAGCUUGAAAGACAGUGGCCGGGGUGACAGUGAAGCAGGCGACAGUGAUUAUGAUUUGGGGCGAGAUUCUCCAAUAGACAGGCUGUUGGGUGAAGGAUUCGGUGACCUGUUUCUGACAGAUGGGAGAAUCCCAGCAGCCAUGAGGCUCUGCACGGAGGAGUGCAGGGUCCUGGGACACUCGGACCAGUGCUGGAUGCCACCGCUGCCCUCGCCGUCCUCUGAUUACAGGAGUAACAUGUUCAUCCCGGGAGAGGAGUUCCCCUCGCAGCCCCAGCAGCAGCACCCGCACCAGGGACUCGAGGACGACACCCAGCCUGCAGAUUCCAGCGAGAAGAAGAAGAGUUUCUCCACCUUUGGGAAGGACUCCCCGCACGAGGAGGACAGCGGGGAUGCGGGCACGUCCUCGCUGCUCUCGGAAAUGAGCAGUGUGUUCCAGCGCCUGCUGCCCCCUUCCCUGGACACCUAUUCCGAGUGCACCGAGGGGGAUCGCUCCAACUCCCUGGAACGCCGGAAGGGACCCUUGCCAGCCAAAACUGUGGGUUACCCACAAGGAGUGGCAGCCUGGGCGGCCAGUACGCAUUUCCAAAACCCCACCAACAACCCUGGGCCCCCACUUGGGACUCACUCCAGCGUGCAGCCUUCUUCCAAAUGGCUGCCAGCCAUGGAGGAAAUCCCUGAAAAUUACGAAGAAGAUGAUUUUGACAAUGUGCUCAACCACCUCAACGAUGGCAAACACGAACUCAUGGACGCCAGCGAGCUGGUGGCUGAGAUUAACAAACUGCUUCAAGAUGUCCGCCAGAGCUAGGAGAUGUGAGCAGGGCCUUUCUGUUUCCAUAUGUUUGGAAAUGGGGGACGGGGAAAAAAAACCCUGAACGAACCUGGCGUGGCCAAAUAGUUGCAUUUAUCAUAAAUGUGUCUGUGUAUAUUGAAUAUUAAAUACUGUAUUUUCGUAUGUACACAAUGCAAGUGUGAUUAUUUUAAUCUGUAUUUUAAAAAUACAUUUGUACCUUAUAUUUAUGUGUAAUUUAACAAACAAAUUUUAUUUUUUUACUCCCAUGACAAACAUGUCUCUCCUAAUCAUGUAGAAAUUAGGCACUGUUUCGAUUUGAGAUGCUGUUCCACCGUGAAGUAUAAAGGCACUGCUUAGACUAGUUAUGUUGGUGAAGAAUGAUUUUGCUGUAGACACCCCCCCCCAAGAGCAUUACUCAGUUCUUAGCCCCAUUAAGUGAUCCAGCUUCUUCUUCAAUACUUUCUGAAAUAAGUAAGCGUUAUUCGAAAUGUUAAGCUAUGUUGUUAUUAUUACUUUCACCGCUUUCUGCUAGCUCUGGCAGUUUAACUCGUACCACAAAGUUGAAAAAUGAAAUGAAAUUUUAUUGUAGAACUGGGAGGUAUCUUGAAAAAUAUGAGAUGACUUAUCUCCAAUGCAUUUUUCACGAUGAUGAAAACAAGACGAAAGCCAAUGUGUCUUGACUCCAAGGGCUGUACUUUUGCAGGGCGUUGUACUGGCCUGUUCUUGGGAAUAUUUCAUCUACAGUAUUAGUGUCUACCUGUAAUUAAGGGAAAAACUUUAUACCAUCUUUGUAAUAUGAGACUCAGUCCAUGGAAAUGGAAUCUGUCCUUUAAAUGGAUAAUUAUGUAUGCUACGGCUUCAAGUAUUGAUGGACAAAGACAGUUACGUCAGCGUCCCUCCUAGGGUAGUAAAUAUAACUGAUUUAUUCUGAAACCGUCCUAUUCGAAUUUUCCCCUCUCUUCUCACAGUACUUGAACAUUUUUACCUUUUGCAAUUUUUUUCUUUUGCUCUAACGAUUUCUAGCUUUUGCCUCCAGUGCAUGCUCUAUUUUUACUUUUAUUUUUAGUAUAUGCACAUUUAUAAAAAUCAUGCUUUUGUUAUGGCAAUUCUGUUUUAUUUGUUGUGUGACAAACGAGAAGUUCUUUAUUUAUUGUGCUGUUCUCUCUCUGUGUGGAAUGCCUUGGUAAGAGAGAUACUUAUUAUGACUAUUAUCAUUUAUGACCAAGCUUCUAUUAAUGUUAUUUCUAUUAAUACACUCUUAAUUGUACUCUUCAGACAAUUUUACUGUCAAUGAAAAUAAAAGGAAAAUGAAAGUAAA